AGAGUUUCCUGAGGACGAGUGUAUUAAUCAGAUGUCCUUAGCAGAUUACAAACCGGCAUAAAGAGUUAUUUGAUGGCGGGCUAGGACGGUUCACGGGCGGCACGGCGACGUUGCGCGUGCGGCCCGGCGCCGCCGCCGUGUUCCACCGCGCGCGCCCGCUGCCCUACGCGCUGCGCGAGCGCGUGGACGCGGAACUCGACUCCAUGUUAAGCGCCGGCGUCAUCGAGCCUGUGGACGCCUCCGACUGGGCCACGCCACUUGUUCCCAUACGUAAGCCGGAUGGCAGCUUACGCCUUUGUGCCGAUUACAAGGUAACAUUGAACAAAGUUUUAUUGGUCGACAAAUAUCCCGUUCCGAGAUUAGAAGAUGUGUUUAGUAGUCUUAGCGGUAGUACUUAUUUUACCAAACUGGACCUGUCUCAAGCUUAUUCGCAAGUAGUACUAGACGAUGAAUCAAAAAAAUAUACUGUCAUUAACACGCACCGAGGUUUAUUUUCCUACAAUAGAUUGGUUUUUGGCUUGGCAUCGAGCCCUGGUAUUUUUCAAAGGUUAAUGAGUACGCUGUUGCAGGGCAUGGAUAACGUUGUUGUGUUUUACGACGAUAUAUUAAUUACGGGAAGUAAUUUAAAACAACAUUUAAUAACGGUAAAUACAGUAUUAGAUAGAUUGCAGGCGCAUGGCUUAAAAUUAAAAAAGGAAAAAUGCGUAUUUUUACAGGAUAAAGUUAGGUAUUUAGGGUACGUUAUUGACAAAAGUGGGUUAAGUGUGGAUAAAUCUAAAAUAAAGCCGAUCUUAGAAAUGCCAUACCCCAGUAAUGUUAGUCAACUUAGAUCUUUUUUAGGCAUGGUGAAUUUUUACGCUAAAUUUGUAAAGGAUCUUAGUAACUAUUUGGCGCCACUUCACGCGUUGUUACAAAAAUAUACUAGAUGGCAGUGGGGAGAAAAACAGAUAGACGCUUUUAACAGGGUAAAGAGUAUGUUGUCAAGCGCCGAGGUGCUCGCGCACUACGACCCCGGCUUGGACGUGGUGGUCACGAGCGACGCUAGCCCCUUCGCAGUAGGGGCUAUUUUGGCUCACCGUUACGCGGACGGCUCCGAGCGCCCUCUGGCGUACGCGUCGCGCGCGCUCACCGCGGCCGAGCGCAAUUAUAGCCAAAUUCAUAAAGAGGCGUUAUCAAUAUACUUUGCAGUGAAACGCUUUCAUCAAUACUUGUAUGGUAGGCGGUUUUCGUUGCGCACGGAUCAUAAGCCCUUGGUUAGUAUUUUUGGACCGAAUGUAGGUGUACCGAGUAUGACAGCCAGUAGGUUACAGAGAUGGGCUUUAUGUUUAUCGGCAUAUGAUUUCGACAUAGAAUAUGUGAAAUCAGAACAAAACGUGGCUGACGUUUUAUCAAGGCUUAUUAAAGCGCAUAAACUAAGUGAAGUGGAGAAUGAGAAAAGAGAGCCCGAACAAACUUACCUUCACUUUGCGUCCGACGCCCUGUUAUUAGAUUACAAAGUGCUAAAGAAUGAAACAAAAAAAGAUCCGUUACUGUCUCGGGUAACUAGUUUUAUUUUAGAUGGGUGGCCAGAUGCCGUAGAUAUUGAACAAUUGAAACCGUAUUUCAACCGUAGAAAUGAACUUUAUUUAGAACUUGGAGUCAUUAUGUGGGGUCACAGGGUGGUAAUACCGGUGGGCUGCCAGGACAAGGUUAUUAGGGAACUUCAUGAAACACAUAUGGGGGUUGUAAAGACCAAAUCUUUAGCGAGAAGUUAUGCCUGGUUCCCGGGCAUCGAUGAAGCGAUCGAGCGGACGUGCACGGCGUGCGGCGUGUGCGCGGCGACGGCCAGCGCGCCGCCGGCACAGGCCCCGCGCGCCUGGCCGUGGCCGGAGCGCCCGUGGACCAGGUUGCACAUAGACUUUUUGGGGCCCCUCGCAGGUAUUAUGUACCUGGUAAUAGUAGAUGCGUGCUCUAAAUGGACUGAAGUCAUCAAAAUGGCGAGUACCACUGCGGCCGCGGUCAUCUCUAAGUUGCGAGAAAUUUGGGCUAGAUUUGGUAUACCCAGGUAUACAAGUAGUAUCGGACAAUGGACCUCCCUUUACUAG